AUGUCGACACCCGCAAAAGCUGAAGACACUCAGGAGAAGCCAGGAGCACCCGCAGCGUCAACGCCGACACCUACAUCGUCGGCGUCAGUCCUGAAGGAGAGGCGUUUCAAACUUAGCAGAGCAUGCGAUCGUUGUCGGCGGCGGAGAAUCAAGUGCGACGAAGGUCAUCCGUGUCAGUCAUGUCUAACAUCAAAUUCAGCCUGUACGUUCGAGGAACCAGGGAAAAGGACGCAUCCUCAUAAGUCUAAACGGGCUGCUACGCUCGAGGAUCGCAUGCAUCAGCUGGAAACAUUGAUUCAAGCUAUUCCGCCAGCCGUUUUCGCUGCAGGCGGCGCAAGCACAAUUCCCCAAUCUCCCGUCGAUGCGACCACCAAUCCGCAUGCGUCGUUUGCAUCCUCGACGCACACCUUCCCCACGGCGGUCCCACCGCCAUCACUCAACGCGUAUCCGUUGAUGAACCCGUCCACCUUCUUCACACCCGUAAAAUCGGUGUCCCGUCAUGCAAGCCCGAGCGCCGGCUUCCCGCCUCCGUCCAGCGGGGUCGGAGCGGCGGAUCACCUAGCGGAAGAGACGGCAAAAAUGUCGUUGUCCUCGUCAUACCUGUACUUCGACGAUGAGGGACACACUCGUUGGCAGGGCGAGACGUCGGGGUUGCCGCUGCUCGAUCUGCUAGUGGAGCGCCAUACGCAGGUGACGAAGCCCGAUCCCGACCACGGACCGGCGCAGUCAUGGGCCAGCCAAAAUGGGCACGCGAUGAACGACUGGUUCCCGGAUCGCACGCCGAAGAAAACGGAUACGAAUCCAGAAGUGAUCUGGAGGCUGAUCACGUCCUUCAUCGUUCCGGAGCUCAUGGACAGCCUCGUGCAGUGUUUUCUGUCUACGUCAUACUACCUAAUGCCGUUCCUGCAUUUGCCGACGUUCCUGGCAGAUUACGGGAACCCUCGAAAAUGGGGCGAGCCUGGUUUCGCCGCUUUCAUCGUCGCCGUCUGCUGUCUCUCGUCACGGCAUAUCGACGAUCCUCGUGUGCGCGCAGAUCCAAACGACGGUAUCAGCGCAGGCACGCAGUGGUUCGACCUCUUCGGACGACUGCGCACGCUGCCCAGCGCUGACCGUCCGACGCUCUACACCGUGCAGUCGGUGCUCAUCGCGGGCGUCUACGCUGUUGGUUUGGGGCAACUGUCGAAGGCGUUUGCGCUACUUGCAGAGGCAGUGACGCUGUCGAUUGAUGCUGGACUGCAUCGGUCCGUGGACGACUACGACGUGUUUGAUCCGAUCGAGGACGAGGUGCGCAAGCGCACGUUCUGGUGUGUCUAUCUAUGGGACAAACAGGCUUGCGCGCACUUCGGGCGUCAACCCAUACUCCGGCUGCGCGAUUGUGACGUCAGCGAGCCCGCUGUUGUCGAUGAUGAGUACAUCACUCGCGACACCCUCGGUGUGCAGCCUCCUGAAAUCCCGAGCCGCAUAGGCGCCUUCGUGUGCUGUGUGCGCCUGUUCGUCAUCCUUGAAGGCAUCGUUGACGUACCCCCGCCCCGACACUUUGGCGACGGUCCCUCGUUUCUCUCACGCGCUACAGCGGUUCUGUCGGGGUACAAGUGCACCAAAGAUCUUCGCGAAGAGGAAGCGUUACUCGAUGAGAUCUGCCGCUCCAUCCCCCCGCAUUGGGCACAUACCGUCGAGACGAUGACAAGCGAGGAUGUGCUGCGCGUGACGCAGUCUCAACGCCUGCAUUGCGUGGAGCAGUAUGUGCGGAUGCUCAUCCAUCGGCACAGGUUCUCGGAUCUCGUCGUGGAAAGGACACAGUCUCCGUUUAACGAGCAGACUGAGGCCGAGUGCGAGGCGAUGCGGGCAGCCCAUGCAGCUGCGCUUCAGAUCAUCUCGUCGCACUUGCAUACUGCUACGAAGGGCUUGAUGACCUACUAUGGCGUGCAUGUCAUCCAUCAAUUGACUGCUGCCGGGCGCACCCUCGUCGCAGUGUUAUUGAGCUGCCAUACGGAGGCUAUGCAGCCACUAAUUGCCCCUGGUCUGGACGCCCUCCGUUCAUGUGUCGGUCUACUCCGCCGCUUCAGCGGUCGCUAUGUCUGUGGCCAACGCUCAGGCGAUCUGAUGGAAGAGUUUUGUCGAUUGACACAAAUACCGUUGGACUCUGCCCGACCACAAGACACUCCUAUAUCUUCCAAUAACCGCCCCCCAUGGCUCCGUCCUGUCCGCAAAAAGACACCGUCUAUGGCGCGCUCUCCUGGUAGUAACGGCGACUCGCCUUCGCAUCACGGAAGUCCGGAAGCCUUCUCUCCGUCGGAUGCCUUCCUUGACCUAGGCGGCGGCACCAGCCCCCGUCCGCCGUCGGCACCGUUCCCUUCCGCGAACCCGUCCAGCCAGGGAGUAGCACAUGCCUUCUCACAGACGUAUGGUCUGGGAAACCCCGUUGCCGCCUCUGCGUCGCAGUUUAUGGACACGGACAUGUUAGUUGGAGAGGCGGGGCUGUCCAUGUCUCCUGCGGAGAUUUUAGCGCUGUUCAACGACGGGUCGGUGGAUAUGACGUCGCUGCUCAUGCAGCCCGGAUCGUCCGGGCAAGCCGCCGCCAACGGGUUUUACAUACCGUCGUCGGCGAGUGGCAGUGGUCCUGUAAACAUGGUAUCGCCAUGA